AUGGAGGGCUCAAAGGAAAACCAUCUCGCUCCGUCUCCAUCGAUCAUGCCCUCCUCAAAUCUUCAAGGCGAUUCAAGAAUGAAGGGUGUCAAGCUCGUGAAGGAGACGGCACUCCAUCACCGGCUGCCUCUCAGCAACAUCAAUCAGAAUAUUAUGGAUAACAAAAAGCCCUGUGUUGUCAGCAAAGUAGAUCUUUCCUGGAAGUGUACAGCACAGACUGUUCAGCACUACCCUCAAGAAACUAAGAAACAGAAUCCGUUGGCCCUGACCCCCUGUUACCACUUAGAUUCUGCCAUCGUAGAGAUUGAUGAAUACGAGGAUGCCAGUGAUAAUGCAGUUCCAAUAUUUGUGAAGCACACUGAAGCAAUGUUGGACGAAAUUGACAGAAUUGAGGAAAUUGAAAUGGAAGAUAUGGACGAACCUGUUAUGGAUAUCGACGCCUGUGAUAGGAAUGAUCCACUUGCAGUUGUUGAGUACAUAGAUGAUAUCUACUGUUUUUAUAGGAAAACUGAGAAUUCUAGCCGCGCCUCUUCAAAUUACUUGAGUAGUCAGUUUGACAUUAAAGAGAAGAUGAGGGCCAUUCUUAUUGACUGGCUUAUUGAGGUUCACUACAAAUUUGAGCUUUUGGAGGAGACAUUGUUCCUUACUGUCAAUCUCAUAGACAGGUUCAUGGAGCGUCAAGCUGUGAUCAGAAAAAAGCUUCAGUUGGUCGGUGUAACAGCCAUGCUAAUAGCUUGUAAGUAUGAGGAGGUCUCAGUCCCCACCGUUGAGGAUUUUAUUCUGAUAACAGACAAGGCAUAUACAAGAAAUGAAGUUUUAAAAAUGGAGAAGUUAAUGGUGAACAUCUUGCAAUUCAAUUUGUCUGUUCCUACUCCAUACGUGUUCAUGAGAAGAUUUCUUAAGGCAGCUCAUUCUGACAAAAAGCUGGAGCUCUUGUCCUCCUUCUUGAUCGAGCUUUGCUUGGUGGAAUACAAAAUGCUAGAGUUUUCGCCAUCUUUGCUAGCUGCUGCAGCCGUUUACACAGCUCAAUGUAGUCUGUAUCAGUUUAAGCAAUGGACUAAGACCAGCGAGUGGUAUACUGAAUACUCCGAAGAGAAGCUCCUAGAAUGCUCAAGGCUGAUGGUUACUUUCCAUCGGAAAGCUGGAUCAGGGAAACUUACAGGAGUAUAUAGGAAGUACAGUACGUGGAAGUAUGGUUGUGCAGCAAAAAUAGAACCAGCCCUGUUUCUACUGGACAGUAAUUAA